AUGACAUCGUUCUACGACGAGAUUGAGAUCGAGGAUAUGGAGUUCAAUGAGGACGAGGAGAUCUACACUUAUCCUUGCCCUUGUGGUGACAAGUUUGAAAUCAGCAUUGAUGACUUGCGAGAUGGAGAAGACAUUGCCCGUUGUCCUUCUUGCUCACUUAUCAUUCGUGUGAUUUACGAUCCAGACGAGUUUGCCGAUGAGGACGGCGACACAUAUCAGGUGGAUACCGCAGUAACGGUCGCCUAG